CUCCCUGGGUAGGGGGCUCCGAGCCUGGAGUGAGCAGCAGCUGCAAGCGGCUGAGGAGGAGCAGAGCGCAGGAGCAGGCGGCACUGGCAGGCAAGGAAGCGGGGAAGGAAGCGAACUGCAGGGGUUAGGCGCUUUGCAAUGCAACAGUAACGCCUGUCCCGUGCUCUGCUGUGGGAUAACAUCCAGAUCUUGUUUGCCCCUGGACUGCAUUGCUGGUCUGUUCCACUCCAUUAAAUGCCCAGAUCAGUUUGAAGGAAUCCAUCUGGUGACUGGAAAUAUUCCCUAUGGUCAAGCAACACUUUCAGCCAACCUUGGUUUUUUUUUAAUUAAAUGAACUUAAAUUUUGAGAUCUCUCUGGAGAAGCCCAGGUGAAAGGAGCUGGAGGAGAGGAAGCAUUGCUGAAUCCUGAGGUAUUUUUAGCGGGUUCCUACAAGUGAUCUGGCACCAUGGUGGCCCUGUCCUUGAAGAUCUGCGUCCGCCACUGCAAUGUGGUGAAGACGAUGCAAUUUGAACCAUCCACAGCAGUGUAUGAUGCAUGUAGAGUUAUUCGUGAGCGAGUGCCUGAGGCUCAAACAGGGCAAGCCUCUGACUAUGGACUGUUCUUGUCAGAUGAAGAUCCUCGGAAAGGUAUUUGGUUGGAAGCUGGAAGAACACUGGAUUAUUAUAUGCUGCGAAGCGGGGAUAUUUUGGAGUACAAAAAGAAACAGAGACCUCAGAAAAUACGAAUGCUGGAUGGGGCAGUGAAAACAGUUAUGGUGGAUGAUUCUAAAACUGUUGGUGAAUUGCUGGUUACCAUUUGCAGCAGGAUAGGAAUAACCAAUUAUGAAGAGUACUCCGUAAUCCAGGAGAUCAUUGAGGAGAAAAAGGAGGAGAGCACAGGUACACUUAAGAAAGACAGGACAUUGUUACGAGAUGAAAGAAAAAUGGAGAAGUUGAAGGCGAAGCUUCAUACAGAUGAUGAUUUAAACUGGCUAGAUCAUAGUCGAACAUUCAGAGAACAAGGAGUUGAUGAAAAUGAAACACUGCUGCUGAGGCGAAAAUUCUUUUAUUCAGACCAGAAUGUAGAUUCAAGAGAUCCUGUUCAGCUGAACUUGCUUUAUGUUCAGGCUCGAGAUGACAUUCUGAAUGGCUCCCAUCCGGUCUCCUUCGAGAAGGCUUGCGAGUUUGGAGGCUUUCAAGCACAAAUCCAGUUUGGACCUCAUGUAGAGCACAAACACAAGCCUGGAUUUUUAGAUCUGAAAGAAUUCCUGCCUAAAGAAUACAUCAAACAAAGAGGAGCUGAAAAGAAAAUAUUUCAGGAACACAAGAAUUGUGGAGAGAUGACUGAAAUUGAAGCCAAAGUGAAGUAUGUUAAGCUAGCACGCUCCCUCAGGACAUAUGGAGUGUCCUUCUUUCUUGUUAAGGAAAAAAUGAAGGGCAAAAACAAGCUGGUUCCUCGUUUGCUAGGCAUCACCAAAGACUCAGUGAUGCGUGUGGAUGAAAAGACCAAGGAGGUGUUGCAGGAAUGGCCACUGACGACUGUGAAGCGCUGGGCUGCCUCUCCAAAAAGUUUCACUCUGGAUUUUGGUGAAUAUCAAGAAAGUUACUACUCAGUACAAACCACUGAAGGAGAACAGAUUUCUCAGCUAAUUGCAGGUUACAUUGAUAUCAUAUUGAAGAAGAAACAAAGUAAAGAUAGAUUUGGGCUUGAAGGUGAUGAGGAAUCAACAAUGUUGGAAGAAUCUGUGUCGCCUAAGAAAUCUACCAUCUUGCAGCAGCAGUUCAACCGAACCGGGAAGGUAGAACAUGGCUCGGUGGCAUUGCCUGCUGUGAUGCGUUCAGGCUCCAGUGGCCCAGAGACUUUCAAUAUUGGCAGCAUGCCUUCCCCCCAGCAACAAGUCAUGAUUGGGCAAAUGCACAGAGGCCACAUGCCUCCCCUGACCUCAGCACAGCAGGCCUUGAUGGGGACUAUUAAUACGAGUAUGCACGCUGUUCAGCAGGCACAGUCCGACCUCAAUGAAGUUGAUAACCUACCACCUCUAGGACAAGAUAUGGCAUCGAGGGUAUGGGUUCAGAACAAAGUUGAUGAAUCAAAACAUGAAAUUCACUCUCAGGUUGAUGCUAUCACUGCAGGAACUGCCUCUGUUGUUAACCUCACAGCAGGUGACCCAGUUGACACGGAUUACACGGCUGUGGGAUGUGCAAUUACAACCAUCUCUUCUAACCUGACUGAGAUGUCCAAGGGUGUGAAAUUGCUUGCUGCCCUAAUGGACGAUGAAGUUGGAAGUGGGGAGGAUCUCCUGAAAGCUGCUCGGACUCUGGCAGGUGCUGUUUCGGACCUGCUGAAAGCGGUGGAGCCCACCUCGGGAGAGCCUCGCCAAACAGUUUUAACUGCAGCUGGAAGCAUUGGGCAAGCCAGUGGGGAGCUCCUGAGACAGAUAGGAGAGAAUGAAACUGAUGAAAGAUUUCAGGAUGUACUGAUGAGUCUUGCCAAAGCUGUUGCAAAUGCUGCUGCCAUGUUGGUGUUGAAGGCUAAGAAUGUGGCUCAAGUUGCUGAGGAUAUGGUCCUGCAGAACAGGGUUAUUGCUGCUGCUACGCAAUGUGCACUGUCCACCUCUCAGCUUGUGGCAUGUGCCAAGGUUGUGAGCCCCUCUAUCAGCUCUCCCGUAUGCCAGGAACAGCUGAUCGAGGCUGGAAAACUGGUGGAUCGUUCAGUGGAGAAUUGUGUCAGAGCCUGUCAGGCUGCCACAGAUGACUCUGAGCUGCUGAAGCAGGUCAGUGCAGCAGCCGGUGUAGUCAGCCAGGCCCUGAAUGACCUCUUGCAGCACGUCCGUCAGUUUGCAAGCAGGGGAGAGCCCAUUGGACGCUAUGACCAGGCAACGGAUACCAUUAUGUGUGUCACUGAAAGUAUCUUCAGUUCGAUGGGGGAUGCUGGUGAAAUGGUGCGGCAGGCCAGGGUACUUGCUCAAGCUACUUCGGAUCUUGUCAAUGCUAUGAGGUCAGACGCUGAGGCUGAAAUUGACAUGGACAACUCUAAAAAGCUUCUAGCUGCGGCUAAACUUUUGGCAGAUUCUACAGCCCGCAUGGUUGAAGCGGCAAAGGGGGCUGCAGCAAAUCCUGAAAAUGAAGACCAGCAGCAGAGACUGAGAGAAGCAGCAGAGGGACUACGGGUUGCCACAAAUGCAGCUGCUCAGAAUGCCAUCAAGAAGAAAAUUGUCAACAGAUUAGAGUUUGCAGCUAAACAGGCAGCAGCUGCUGCCACUCAGACAAUUGCAGCCUCUCAGAAUGCGGCCGUUUCCAACAAGAACACAGUAGCCCACCAGCAACUCGUUCAGAGCUGCAAGAAUGUUGCUGACCACAUUCCUCAGCUGGUGCAGGGUGUGAGGGGAAGCCAGGCUCAGGCAGAAGACCUCAGUGCUCAGCUUGCUCUGAUAAAUUCCAGCCAGAACUUCCUUCAGCCUGGAAGUAAGAUGGUGGCGUCAGCCAAAGCUGCAGUACCUACUGUAAGUGACCAAGCGGCAGCAAUGCAGCUAAGUCAGUGUGCCAAGAACCUUGCAACAAGCUUAGCUGAGCUAAGAACUGCCUCCCAAAAGGCUCAUGAAGCAUGUGGCCCUAUGGAAAUUGACUCUGCUUUGAACACAGUCCAAACACUCAGAAAUGAACUGCAAGAUGCAAAGAUGGCCGCUGUAGAUGGACAGUUAAAACCACUCCCAGGAGAAACGCUGGAAAAAUGUGCGCAGGACCUUGGCAGUACCUCCAAAGCUGUUGGUUCAUCAAUGGCCCAGCUGUUGACUUGCGCUGCUCAAGGCAAUGAGCACUACACAGGGGUUGCUGCCAGGGAGACGGCUCAAGCUCUGAAGACUUUGGCUCAGGCAGCACGAGGCGUUUCAGCAUCUACCACUGACCCAAUGGCAGCACAUGCGAUGUUAGAUUCUGCAAGGGACGUCAUGGAAGGCUCUGCUAUGCUUAUUCAGGAAGCAAAACAGGCUCUGGUUGCACCUGGGGAUGCAGAAAGUCAGCAGAGGUUAGCUCAGGUGGCCAAAGCAGUGUCUCACUCACUAAAUAACUGCGUGAAUUGUCUGCCUGGACAAAAGGAUGUUGAUGUGGCCUUGAAGAGCAUUGGAGAAUCCAGCAAGAAACUGCUUGUUGAUUCGCUGCCUCCAAGUUCUAAAUCUUUCCAAGAAGCCCAAAGUGAACUAAACCAGGCUGCAGCUGACCUGAACCAAUCGGCAGGGGAAGUGGUUCAUGCUACCCGGGGCCAAAGCGGAGAGUUGGCUGCAGCUUCCGGAAAGUUCAGUGAUGACUUCGAUGAGUUCCUUGAUGCUGGUAUUGAAAUGGCUGGUCAAGCACAAACUAAAGAGGACCAGAUUCAAGUAAUAGGGAACCUCAAGAACAUCUCUAUGGCUUCCAGCAAGCUACUGUUGGCUGCCAAGUCUCUCUCCGUUGAUCCUGGAGCUCCCAAUGCCAAGAACCUCCUAGCUGCAGCUGCAAGAGCGGUGACGGAGAGUAUUAACCAGCUCAUCACUCUGUGUACCCAACAGGCUCCGGGGCAGAAGGAGUGUGACAAUGCUCUCAGAGAACUGGAGACAGUUAAGGGAAUGCUGGAUAACCCCAAUGAACCUGUAAGCGACCUCUCAUAUUUUGAUUGUAUUGAAGGUGUUAUGGAAAACUCCAAGGUCCUUGGAGAGUCAAUGGCAGGCAUUUCCCAGAAUGCCAAGACUGGGGAUUUGCUGGUCUUUGGAGAAUGUGUUGGAGUUGCUUCCAAGGCUCUUUGUGGUCUCACAGAGGCUGCAGCCCAGGCCGCUUACCUAGUUGGCAUCUCAGAUCCCAACAGUCAGGCUGGUCACCAGGGGCUUGUCGACCCUAUCCAGUUUGCCAGGGCCAAUCAGGCAAUCCAGAUGGCAUGUCAGAAUCUGGUGGAUCCAGCAAGUAGCCCAUCACAGGUUUUAUCAGCUGCCACAAUAGUGGCCAAGCAUACUUCUGCUUUGUGUAAUGCUUGUCGUAUUGCUUCAUCGAAGACAGCCAACCCCGUUGCCAAGAGACAUUUUGUGCAAUCUGCUAAGGAGGUCGCAAACAGCACCGCCAACCUGGUGAAAACUAUCAAGGCCCUGGACGGUGAUUUCUCUGAAGAUAACCGCAAUAAGUGUAGAAUUGCGACUGCACCUUUGAUUGAAGCUGUGGAAAAUCUGACAGCAUUUGCUUCCAAUCCAGAGUUUGUCAGUAUACCAGCCCAGAUCAGCAUGGAGGGAUCUCGAGCACAGGAGCCAAUUCUGAUUUCCGCCAAGACGAUGUUGGAGAGCUCAGCUUUAUUGAUCAAAACUGCUCGUUCGCUGGCCAUCAAUCCAAAAGAUCCACCUACCUGGUCUAUACUUGCUGGGCAUUCACACACGGUUUCAGAUUCAAUUAAGAGUCUGAUCACUUCCAUUAGGGACAAAGCCCCGGGCCAGAGAGAAUGUGAUUACUCCAUUGAUGGAAUCAAUAGAUGUAUUAGAGAUAUUGAGCAGGCUUCCCUUGCAGCAGUCAGUCAGAACUUGGCCACAAGGGAUGACAUCUCAGUUGAGGCUUUACAGGAGCAGUUGACAUCAGUUGUUCAGGAAAUUGGGCACCUUAUUGAUCCCAUAGCAACAGCAGCUCGGGGAGAGGCAGCUCAGCUGGGACACAAGGUUACGCAACUGGCGAGUUACUUUGAACCCCUGAUUUUAGCUGCAGUUGGUGUGGCAUCCAAGAUGCUAGAUCAUCAGCAACAGAUGACUGUCCUGGACCAGACAAAGACACUAGCAGAAUCUGCCCUCCAGAUGCUGUAUGCAGCCAAAGAAGGAGGAGGAAAUCCCAAGGCAUCUCACACUCAUGAUGCAAUCACAGAGGCUGCUCAGCUGAUGAAGGAGGCAGUGGAUGAUAUAAUGGUUACAUUGAAUGAAGCUGCCAGUGAAGUGGGCAUGGUUGGAGGUAUGGUAGACUCAAUAGCUGAGGCCAUGAGCAAGCUGGAUGAGGGCACACCUUCAGAUCCAAAGGGAACAUUUGUUGAUUAUCAAACUACUGUAGUGAAAUAUUCUAAAGCCAUUGCUGUAACAGCACAGGAAAUGAUGACUAAGUCGGUUACUAACCCGGAGGAGUUGGGAGGACUUGCAUCACAAAUGACCAAUGACUAUGGGCAUUUGGCUCUCCAGGGCCGAAUGGCAGCAGCCACAGCUGAACCAGAGGAGAUAGGAUUCCAGAUCAGGACUCGGGUACAGGAUCUUGGUCAUGGAUGUAUCUUUCUAGCACAGAAAGCUGGAGCUCUACAGAUUUGCCCUACGGACAGCUACACCAAGAGGGAGUUGAUAGAAUGUGCUCGUGCUGUCACUGAAAAGGUUUCCUUAGUUCUGUCUGCCCUUCAAGCAGGAAACAAAGGUACUCAGGCUUGUAUCACUGCAGCUAGUGCUGUGUCGGGGAUAAUUGCAGAUCUGGACACAACUAUCAUGUUUGCUACAGCUGGAACCCUUAAUGCUGAGAACAAUGAAUCAUUUGCGGAUCACAGGGAAAAUAUCCUGAAAACAGCAAAAGCUUUAGUUGAAGAUACAAAAUUGCUCGUGUCUGGGGCUGCCUCAAGUCAGGAUAAACUAGCCCAAGCAGCUCAGUCAUCGGCUUCCACCAUCACACAACUGGCAGAGGUGGUAAAACUGGGAGCAGCCAGUUUGGGAUCAGAUGACCCUGAAACUCAGGUUGUACUGAUCAAUGCUAUUAAGGAUGUUGCUAAGGCCCUUUCUGAUCUCAUUGGUGCUACAAAAGGAGCUGCUAGCAAACCAGCAGAUGAUCCAUCAAUGUACCAGCUCAAAGGUGCAGCUAAGGUGAUGGUAACCAAUGUCACAUCACUUCUGAAGACUGUUAAAGCAGUUGAAGAUGAAGCCACUCGAGGCACAAGAGCUCUCGAGGCCACGAUUGAGUGCAUCAAACAGGAACUCACGGUGUUUCAGUCGAAGGAGAUUCCAGAAAAGACAUCAUCACCUGAAGAAUCGAUCCGGAUGACGAAAGGAAUCACCAUGGCAACUGCCAAAGCUGUUGCAGCUGGGAACUCAUGCAGACAGGAGGAUGUGAUUGCUACAGCGAAUCUGAGCCGCAAAGCAGUGGCUGAUAUGCUAACAGCUUGUAAGCAAGCUUCCUAUCACCCAGACGUGAGUGAAGAUGUUAGAGCGAGAGCGCUGCGAUUUGGAACAGAAUGUACCCUGGGAUACUUGGAACUCCUAGAACAUGUCCUCCUGAUUCUUCAGAAGCCAACCCCAGAACUGAAGCAUCCGUUGGCUGCCUUGUCAAAGCGGGUUGCUGGUGCUGUGACAGAGCUUAUCCAGACAGCAGAAGCAAUGAAAGGCACGGAGUGGGUGGAUCCAGAGGACCCAACAGUCAUUGCUGAGACAGAGCUACUGGGGGCUGCAGCUUCAAUUGAGGCUGCAGCAAAGAAGUUAGAGCAGUUGAAACCACGAGCCAAGCCAAAGCAAGCCGAUGAGACUCUGGAUUUUGAAGAACAGAUCCUGGAAGCAGCUAAAUCCAUUGCAGCUGCUACCAGUGCCCUAGUCAAGUCAGCGUCGGCAGCCCAGAGAGAGCUGGUGGCACAGGGAAAGGUUGGAGCUAUCCUUGCAAAUGCAGUGGAUGAUGGACAGUGGUCUCAGGGACUUAUUUCCGCUGCCCGAAUGGUGGCAGCUGCAACCAGCAAUCUGUGUGAGGCAGCUAAUGCCUCGGUACAAGGUCAUGCUAGCGAGGAGAAACUCAUCUCAUCUGCCAAACAAGUUGCGGCUUCUACAGCACAGUUACUUGUGGCUUGCAAAGUGAAGGCUGAUCAAGACUCUGAGGCCAUGAGAAGAUUACAGCCUGCGCAGCUCUCCUGGCCGUCUGCCAUCUCUGAUCGAAGCAUGGAGCCUGCGCAGCUCUUCACUGUUGCAGCUGCGGGGAAUGCUGUUAAACGAGCAUCUGACAAUCUUGUCAGGGCAGCCCAGAAAGCAGCAUUUAGGAAAGCGGAUGACGACGAUGUGGUGGUCAAAACCAAGUUUGUGGGCGGCAUCGCUCAGAUCAUUGCGGCCCAGGAGGAAAUGCUGAAGAAGGAAAGAGAGCUGGAAGAGGCAAGGAAAAAACUGGCUCAGAUCCGCCAGCAGCAGUAUAAAUUUCUCCCCACAGAACUGAGAGAAGAUGAGGGCUAAACUGCUGAGACGUUUUUUUUUAAUGAAAUGAGCUCAAGGGGGACAGUGCAGAGAGAACUAACCUGACAGCAUUCUGAUAUGCAAGCACUUACCUAAACAAAUUGCCUGUAAUAGCUUUAGGUGAGCAGAGGGCAAUAAACAUUUGUUCUUUCUCAUCUGUUCAGCUAAGGUGCGUGCUCAUCAAACAGAUGGUACAGUGUUAAGUCCACCAUUCCUGUUCCUUCCUUCCUUCCCUGACUCACUGUAUCUCAGGAGAGAAUGCCUCACUUUUUCCAGAAGGUUAUAAAAUCAGUAUUAUGUCAUUACCUUAAGCUUGAUCUAUUUAUUGUUCCUUGACCUGUUGUAAGACUUUGUUAAUAUUAAUAGGAAAACCGUUUAUCAUAGCUAUCUAUCACUAUGGAACCAGUGGAUUUUUUUUCCUCCAACAAGAAGACCAAGAUUGAGGUGAAUAUUUAUUUGAGAGGAAAAGACACCUGAGCGUGGGUUCUAGAGAUUUUGUCCUCUUUCAGUGAAGCUGGUUCACCCCAGGAUUGGAGGGAUCUUCUUUGUACCUGUUUGCACUAGUUUUAUUAGUUCCUGUACCAGCUUCUGCUUGUACAGUAUUUAGAUUCACAGUUCCCGGGCCUGCAAAACAUGGUAGUAUCCAUUCUUUUCAUUGUUCAAAUAAACCAAGAAAUGGAAAUCUUGUCACCGUCUUAGUACCAGGUUAUGAAGGAAAAUGUUUUUCAAUUAUAUACCUCUCAAUAUGCGACUACUUUUACAAUAGGAAACAUCCACAAAAUUUCAAUUAACAUUGGACUGAAUAGUUCCUUUCGAAGUAUCUUACCUGGCUCAAACUGUGGGAUUUCUGCUAGAAUGUAUGCUAGCUGAAGUAGAGACAUUCUUAGUACUUCAAAAGACUACCAGAACUCUUGCUAUUCUCAUGAGGAUUUUAUUUCUAAUUGUUUUGUUUUGAAAUCUAGAUGGGUUGUUUUUUGGUUGUUUUUUGUGUGUGUUUGGUUUUUUUGAAGAAACUUAUAGCUGUUUUAGAAAGGGCCCUUUUCCGAAAUAUAAAAGAACAUCGGCAAGUCUGAAGUAUGGACGCUUGGAAGUUGAUAUUUUCCUAAUUUGCAUUGAUCAAAAUACCCUCUCUAAGGAACUACAUUGCGGAGAAAGGAUAGAAGAAAUUGUACUUAUGUCUUGAGUUUCAAAAGGUACUGUAAUUUUCUCAAUCUCUGAUGUGGCAUAAACCCACAGUGUGGACUACAGAUAUAACAUGACACGUUUCCAAGAUGGGUAGAGUCAAUGGUGCAUUUUAUAAUGUCUGAUUAAAAACAAUGCAGAAACCAGAACUAGCAAAAGCCACCUAUUAGACCAGCUACAGAAACAAGGUCUUUCUUAACCGUGGUUCUCCAGCAUAUGCCCAUCCCUGCACACGCCCUCUGAGCAAAUAAUGUCAAGUCCAUUUGGGUCAAAGAAUGUUGUUGCUCCACUUCUUCUGAAAGCCAUGCUGCCAUUUUAGAUACCUACCACUACUUCCAACUGAGCCAGUUGUGUUAGAUACCUACCCACUUAAUUGCCCUUGUUGCAGAAGUACUUGUCACAUAGACUCAGAAGUAACCCUCUUGUGUUAGGUUACCAAUUUAGAUAUUGAUAACUUCUCAUUUAAGUUACUUGCAUGUAUUAUACCUAUCGGAAAUUUUGUCACACUAGUAUAAAUAUAUCACAAAAAUCCAUAGAAAAUAAAUAUUAAAAUGUACAAAUUUUUUUAGUGUCUCUUCUCUGAUGCUGAAGUAUUUCAGACUCAGCGGAAUUGUGGAUUCUCAGUAAAUGAUGAGAGAGCAGUUGGCAAGCCCUGAGCAGAAUCCUUUUGAUAGGAGCAAAUAUGGAUUUGCAUAAGUGUGUCCAAAAUGAGCCUCUGCCCUGACUGCGUAGACCAGGUAAAAUGAGACUGAAAGCAGUAUGUAGCCUCUCUGUACGCAACUGCCACCAGAGAGAGAUUCCAGUCUAGGCUUUAUAACCCCAGCAGUAGCUGUAUUGGUUAGAUUCUCACCAUGAGUUUGUGCAGUGAGUCCAGUGAGCAGUGGCACAAAACAUCUCUAUAAAAAAUUAUUUAGAAAAAACAAAUCCUUCAUUUAAGAUUUUUAAGUAAUCUGGAAGGCUGAAACACAGCUUGUUUUUGUAGGAUCUAAAUACACAUGGUCUUAAAUGAGCUUUCUGCUGCUUUUGCUUAUUCAGUAUAUCAGGCUUUCAGUUUGUAGCAUUUUCUUUUGCUUACCUGGAUAGUAUCAACAUUCCUGUCACUUCUUUAAAGAUUUUGGGGCGGGGCGGGGGGUUGGGUCAAUGUCUUGCAGAUUUUUUCUGAUACUACAUAUUGCUUUUAUUUCACGUACUGUAAUUUAAAGUACUCCAAGUAACGUGACGUUUUCACUAAUGUACCAGUGCUUCAUUGUGAUCACUGUAGUACAAUAACACAGCAUUUUAAUUAUGCAUACAGUGCGAAUGGUAUUUCCCUGUUUUAGGAAAAGAAUAAGCCAAAACCCCAGUAAAAUUAAAUUGUAUACAGAAAUUGUACUGCUAGGAUUUUUUCAAGCUAAUAGUAAUUUUUAUGUUCAAAUCAUCCUCUUGUCAAAGUUGUGAGGGAAGUUAAUUUCAGUACUUAUACUUGACGGAUGUUGCUUCCUCAGGCAAUUGCCCUGCUUGCAAGCCCUGGCUUUUAUAUGCAGAAAACCAGCUGUUGUGGCACAGAUGGGCCAUGGAGUUUUUAUAGCAUGUUUGGGGGCGGCUCAAAGAAAAAGGUUGAGAACCCCGACCUACACAGAAGGUUACUGUGCAGCAAGCCAAGGUGUGAACCUAGAGCACAAUAGCUUGCGGCACAGUAACAUCGCCUUUGGAUACUGCUAGAGUGCACUCUGGGACAGUCAAACAUUAUUGUACUGCAAGCUAGUGCACUGUAGAUGCACGCUGGCUUGCCAUUCAGUAACUUUCCAUAUUGACAAACUUGGGAUAUCCAGCAGACUAGCUGCAGUGUUUUUCAGCUUGAUUUUUGGAUUUCUAUCUGGGAGACCGCUAGAUUCCACAAACUCAUUUGAAGUCCAUUUCACUUUCUUCUUAUCUGUGGGACUUGUAGUAACACUGAAAUCAAAGUUAGAACAUCUGUGGUGUUUGUAAUUAAUUCAGUGCAGUUAUUUGGCAUGGAGAGUUGCAACAGAAAAUCUCAGGCAGGAAUGAGGACUGGGUAGUAAUUAGACCUAUUUUCUUCCUUACCUAUUCUUCUGGAUUUUAAGUUUUGAAAUAACAAACAAGUUAUGUAGUAUCUUGCCCAUCUUCGUGAUGUGGAACUGGCUUUAAGAAAUGUCUGGAAAUUAAAAGCAAAAUGUCUCAAAGUUCUGAAUGUACAAAUAUUCUAGGGAGGCUUUACACGAAGGUCCAGAAGAUAAGUUGGAAUUGGAGGGAACACUUUUAUAGUUUGUCUAAACUUUUCUUUUUUAUAGGCCAGCAACCGCAAAGUGAGGGAUGGGGAAGAGUUUUUUAAAACCAAAAGUUGAAGACUGAGCUCUUGCUUUCUUUUGUCCAGUUGCCUUUGAUCUCCUGCAUCUUCAGACUAGUUUCUAUGACAGAAUCUAUCAGAAUUACAGCAUAAAUGGUCUUUUAAAUUUACCUAGGAAAUAGAGGUUUUUCUAGCCUCACAUUACUAAAAAACACUCAGACCAGGCCCCAGAACAUGCUGAUGACAAGGCCAUCAAGGAAUACAUCUUAUGUUUUGUGCCAUGGCUAAUCCAUUCUUCUUUUGAUCAUUACUCCUGGAGCUUUUUGUGCCUUAUUAUGUAUAUUAAAAGCUCCUGCCCUAUCUUAUACUUAAAGUUGGGGAAAGUUAAACUUUAUGUACUGUUGGUUUCUUUGAGCUUGUAUAGAAAUUUGGAAGAUUUCAGUGGACUCGGCUCAUCAUCCCGAGUCGAUAUUAAUCCUGGAACUCGCUUUUCUGUAUUUGCAGUAAUAUAAAGAGAAAUACACUGCUCAAAAGGGUGUGUGUUUGUUAGUGCCUGUUACCAGCAAUUUUACGACAUUGCUGGUAACACGACACAAUUCCGAUAGUCAACACUCCCAUAGAACUUACAUAGUAUCUACAAAGUUAAUACCUUUUUUUUUUUAGGUAAUAUAUGUUACCAGUCUGCUACUGAUUACUGUAAGGUAACCAUUUAUGCUGGACUUACCAUAUUAACUAAUGCUGCAGUGAAAUCCAACUGGUUAGGUGCUAACGUUGUUGAUACAAUAUUCUACAUUAAGCAAAAUCUCAAAAGAGAUGAAGCUAAUGGACUGCUGAACUUCACUAUACCUAGCAGAGAUGUGGAAUGGUAGCACGGUGGCUAGAGUAGAUUUUUCUCUACCGUCCAUCUUUAAUACUAACCAGAGCAAGAAUACAACUGGUAAUAAAUGGGGAAAAGCAGCAUAGGAAAGCUUUGCUACAAUUUUUCUGAAACAGAAAUUUAAGUGGAUCUCUGUCUUUAAACAACAACAAAAUCAUUCUAAACUGGGCAUGAGCCAACAGGAUAACAUGUCCUAUCUGCCUAUAGCAGAGAGCUGACAAACUUUACCAUGCAUGUCUUAAAAGCCUAAUACCUCCAUGGCAUAGUUCUGUUCUAACUUGCCUUGUAAGGCAACCAAGUAUCUUUUAGUAUAAAAAUGACAAGGAUGUAAACAUGAUACUUUUUCAUGUCCUUUAUUUCAUUUUCAUGUGGCAACAUGGUAUAUGAAAGAUAAUUACUUUGCCUAGAGAGAAUUCCUGUCCAUCAAUAGAGUAAUAUAUUGAGUUGUAAGUAAUUAGGGCUGUCUUUGUUGCUUUAAAAAAUCAAACCACUAUGGAUUUUUUUCUUACUGAAAUUUACUUACUUUAUUAAUAUGAUUGCAGCUGAAGAACCUUCUGAGUGAGACAGUUUUAUAGUGGUAUGUUUGCAAGUCGUGCUGGAGUUUGGGGUGUGAGCUCAUGUUCUGUAGCUCAACUUUCUCCUAGAGCUUUAACCACACAGAAAAGCAUGAAGGGGGUUAGCCAUGCUGUUACACUGUAUGUAUGCUGUUUAUCUGGCCACAAAAAGUAUUUUUUUGUAUUCACCAAAAAUAAACUUUUGAAGGAAUGACCACCUUUCUUUUG